GUCCCUCCUCAGGUAUGAACUCAAGUGGUCCAAGUUGUUUUCAACUCACGUGAUUGUAAUCAUGCUGUUUGGCAUCACGUUUAUAGUACAAUUACUUCAUGUGGCAGACGCUGUCACUAAUGACUCAGAAGUACAAUGCAAGGAUCGCUCUUAUCUAGACAAUUGUCUAAAGAAACUUCCCCCAAUACUGGAGAAAUCUGAGAUGAGAGGCAUCCCUAGCUCUAAAAAAGAUGUCGAUUCUUCGUGCAGUGCUUUCAAGCUGGGGAUGGGCUGUAUGGAUGCCUUCGCACAGAAAUGUCUCUCCACUGCAGACAGACAGACUUUAGAAGCACAUGUAAUAGGAGCCAAACACACAUUCAAAUUCCUCUGUGAUGACCCAGUUUUUCAAGCAGAAUACCUCCAAUAUACAUCAUGCUACAAAGGCAUCAGCAAAGACUGGGACAACUGUGCCAAUAGAUUUGUCAGCCUUGUCAGAGAAGAAGUGGCAAGGAAGAACACCACGAUGGAAACUCGACUCCUGGAACUAUGCUGCGCAAGACAUGGAUUCCUCAAGUGCGUCUACGUUGCCAGUCGUCUCAAAUGCCGCAAGGAAGAAGCUUUGUUCAUCAAGAAGAUCGCUGAUACUUUAUCCAACAUGAGAGUGUACUCAAAACAUUGCCGCAACAUUGACGUAUCAUACUGUAGCAACGCGACAACAUCACAUGAGAUAUUUAUUUUUCUUAUUGAAUUAGUUUUGUGCUGGACGCUCAUGGUUGUUAUUAAAUGAUUUUUACUUUGUUCAAAGUGGUGUAGAUAUUUGUAAAUAGUUUUAGAAGCCAAUAAGAGUUUGUGUAGUAGAGGGUCCAUAUUUUUUGUAACUAUCAAACUUCAAUGUGACAAAUUUCACCUUUCAAAAUGUACGUAUGAAUUUUCACUCGAAAUAAGCUUACAAACAAGAAUUUUUUUUUAUUUUCAAGACUUAUGUAAGGUACAAAAAAUUUCCAAA